AGAACUUGGUCUGUCUGUUAAGCCUGUGCCCUUGACUGCCCCACGUGAGUCUGUCAGUUCUUCUUGUCCUCUUGUGAAGCUUUAAGCUAACUCUUAAAAAUAGAUAAAAAAGAAAAGAAAAAUCACGUCUGCGCUACUAAUGAUCAUUUUCUGAUGCAGUAACCACCAUGUCCCUAAGAAGCAAAUCUCUGUUGUUUCUGCUGCGGCGUUGCGCCGCAGUCCGGCAGCCGCAGUUAGUGACAAGCUUCACAUCAGGAGGCGGAUUCAUCCAGCAACGAACCUGGACAUCAGUGACCCGGAGAGGCUGCGUACACGGGAUAUGCCAGGUCCAGCCUGCGGUGGAAAUCGGACAGUUCCGCUUCUGUAACAAGGCUGAAUCGUCUUGUGUGGAUGAGUAUCCACCACUGCCAGCCUACCAGUCUGAUGAGCCGGAGAAGAAGGAGGUGUUUAUCGUGCAAGUGAAUGGUCUUCCAUGGUCGUGCUCAGCACAGGACCUAAUGGAGUUUUUUUCUGAGUGCAGAAUCCGUGAUGGGCAGAGUGGUAUACACCUGACCGUGGACAGACUGGGGAGGCCGUCAGGACGAGCCUUCAUUGAGAUGGAGCACAGAGAGGACGUCAGCAAAGCUUUAGAGCAGCACCGUCAGUACCUCGGUUCAAGAUACGUGGAAGUAUUUGAAGUGACAACGAGUGAUGCUGAAGCCAUUCUAAAGAAAGCCCUAGCCCAAGUUGCUGCAGAUGACAGUACAGUGGUCCGACUCAGGGGUUUGCCCUUCACAUGUACGGAGGACAACAUAGUCCAGUUCUUUACAGGUUUGGAUAUAGUGGAGAAUGGUAUCACCUUCGUCACAGACUUCACAGGAAGGAGGUCUGGAGAAGCCUUUGUCCAGUUUUCCUCUCAUCAGGAAGCAGUUGAAGCUCUGCAGAAAGACAGAGAGUUUAUAGGAAACAGAUACAUCAAGGUCUUUCGCAGCAAAAACGAUGAGAUCAACCCCUGCUCCGAAAUAAAGAUGACGUUGGGGCCUGCUCAGAUCGAUCCUCAGUCGGAAAACACGAUUGUCUCUGCUCCGCAGUGCAACCCUGAAACUGAAUCCAUCCAGAGCUUCGAGACGACGCUUCAUGACACCUAUUUAAGAGACUCUUUUUCCAAGGCAACCAGUCAAGAAGCUAAGGAGUCUGAUUUAUCUUCUGAUGAUGAGCUUACACCACAGCCAGUCCAACAGUCUGAAGAGCCAGAGAAGAAAGACGUGUUUAUCGUGCGGGUGAAAGGUCUUCCAUGGUCGACCUCUGCAGAAGAAAUCAUGCACUUCUUCUCUGACUGCAGGAUCCGUGGAGGGUUAGAUGGAAUCCAUCUGACUCUGGACAGACGGGGAAGGCCAUCGGGUCGAGGCUUCAUCGAGAUGGAGGAUGAGGAAGACGUCAGCAGAGCUUUAGAGAAACACAGACAGUACAUCGGUGAAAGAUAUGUAGAAGUGUAUGAAGUGACGAACAGUGAUGCUGAAGCCAUGCUGAAGAAAAACCUGGAGCCUAACGCUAAAAGUGAAGUGGUCCGGCUUAGGGGUCUGCCCUUCACAUGUACAGAGGCCGAUGUAGUCCAGUUCUUCAGAGGUUUGGAUAUAGUGGAGAAUGGAAUCACCUUUGUAACAGACUUCACAGGAAGGAGGUCUGGAGAAGCCUUUGUCCAGUUUUCCUCUCUGCAGGAAGCAGUUGAAGCUCUGCAGAAAGACAGAGAGUUUAUAGGAAACAGAUACAUCAAAGUGUUUUCCAGCUCCAGUAAUGAGAUUCACCCUAAUUGGAGGAUGAGGGCUAAUAUGGCGUUUGCUCAUCAGCCUGUGUCCGACCCACUGUGUGGCUCAGAAACUGGUUCCCUGCAGAGCUCAGAGACAUUGUUUCAUUACCAACAGUCAAGAAGUCCAUCUGCACAAGCAUCUCAAGAUGAUGCUGAAAAGGCUGAAGCGUCUUCUGAGGAUGAGUACACACCAUCCCGAGUCAACCAGUCUGUGGAGGAGCCAGACAGGGAUGUGUUCAUUGUGCAGGUCAAAGGUCUGCCAUGGUCAUGCUCUGCUGAGGACCUCAUGCAGUUCUUCUCUGACUGUAGGAUCCGUGAUGGGUUGAAUGGGAUACACCUGACUCUGGACAGACGGGGAAGGCCAUCGGGUCGAGGCUUCAUCGAGAUGGAGGAUGAGGAAGACGUCAGCAGAGCUUUAGAGAAACACAGACAGUACAUCGGUGAAAGAUAUGUAGAAGUGUAUGAAGUGACAAACGGUGAUGCUGAAGCCAUGCUGAACAGACCCUUAAAGCCUGCAGCUGACAGCAGGGUGGUGCGGCUCAGGGGUCUGCCCUUCUCAUGUACAGAGGACGACAUAGUCCAGUUCUUCAGAGGUUUGAAUAUAGUAGAGAAUGGAAUCACCUUCAUCACGGACCGCAGAGGAAGGCCUACAGAGGCCUACGUGCAGUUUCCCUCCCAGAGAGAGGCAGAUGAAGCUCUGCAGAGAGAUAAGGAGUUCAUAGGGAACAGGUACAUUGAAGUGCUUACCAGUGCAAGUGAUGAGAGUCCCCCAAGCUGGAAGAGUAGGAAUAAUUCAGCAUCUGCACAGAAGAGUUCUCAGUCGGCCAUCAGAACUCUUUCCAUCCCAAAAUACAACACAGAAACUGGAUCUCCACAGAUCUCACCUGCAAUGCUUCAUUGUGUCCAUAUGAGGGGGCUUCCUUUUAGGACAUCUGGAGAAGACAUUGUGAAGUUUUUCUCCCCUCUACCUGUAUCCAGCAUCCUGAUCGCAUGUGGUGCUGACGGGAGGCCGAAUGGAGAGGCUGAUGUUCAUUUUAGCUGCCACCAGGAUGCUGUGGCUGCCAUGUCCAGAGAUAAACAUUACAUAGGAGAAAGAUUCAUCGAGUUGUUUUUGAACUCUACACGAGACAGUUGAUAGAAGGUGAAACAUCAAACAUCAAACAACAACAAUGACGAUGAAUUUGGUUAUCGCUUCAAAGUGAAAUAAUAUUCGGUAUGUUGAGUUUUUAUUUCACUGUGUGUUAUUUAAGACGUCCUUCUUCGUCCUCGGUGAAAAAUACAGUUGUAUGUAUUUACUGUCUGAUCUGAUUAUCAAACAAUAAAUAUAGAAUCUGUUAUCAUUUAA